AUGGAGAAGAAGCAGCAGAACUUCAGAUCGCAGAAUCCCUCCCCUCCGCCAUACGAGUCAUCCAUAUCCUCUUUUUCUCCGUCAUCCUUUAGUCGCGACGGAGAAGGACCUGAACACAGUUUACAUCCCUCGCCAGCUCCACAAAAAGAAAUCAGUCGAAAGCAGUCGACAAAAAGAACCGGUGAUGAUCAGGUGCUUAAGAAGGUGAAUUUCUGGUUUCGGGUUUUCGGGUUUUUGUUUUGCUUGAUUUCAUUUUCCAUAAUGGCUGCUGAUCGUGAUAAAGGCUGGACUCUUGACUCAUUUCAUCGUUAUAUCGAAUUUAGGUACUGUUUGACAGUGAAUGUGAUAGGAUUUAUAUACUCGGCCUUACAAGGAUUUGAUCUUGCAUACCAGUUAUUCUCCUCUGAUGGUAAUAAACUUCUUGUGCCUGCAUCUCAUCUCCGCAAUAUUGUUGAUUUUGCCUCCGAUCAGAUUUUGGCUUAUCUUCUAAUGUCGUCUUCAUCGUCAGCAGCAACACGAGUUGAGGACUGGAGAUCUAACUGGGGAAAAGACAAAUUUCCGAAUAUGGCAAAUGCAUCUGUGGCAGUUUCUUUCAUGGCAUUUGUGUCCUUGGCCUCUAGCUCUCUCAUCUCUGGUUAUACCAUCUGCACUUUAUAAACUGGAGUUAUUUAGCAUCUCCUCUAUUGCAAAUUCAUAUAUACAUAUAACAUAUUACCUUAAAUCCUGUAAUAUCAAGGUAUCUUAUAAUACACUAUCCAUUACAUGUAUAAUUAUGGAGUUAUAUAAUGUCUGACUGUAUCUAUUGAUUUGUUAGCGACUGACUUGCAACA